AGUUUGUUUACGUUUGCGGUGCAGACCAAGGAUCACAGAAUCCCCCAAAUUCGUGAUGAAUUUCCCCCCUGUGACUGCUCGCGCCUUCAUGGCGAUGCAGAAUCUGAACGUGGGCGAGCUGGCCAAGUGCUGCCUACGAGAGAUUCGGCCGAUUCUGCCGAGUCUCGUGCGAAUGACCCUUCUUCAGGCCACGGACAACACGCAAGAGUGGACAGAAGCCCGCAAACAAAUUCUCUCAAUUCUCGUGGGCAUUGAGAACGCCAACAACAUCGUGUCCAUCCUUCAAAUAAACUACCACGAGUUGGAGGCGGACAUCAAGAAGGAGCAGCAGCUGAGGCAGAAAUUGGGAACAUCACAGAAUGAGUCUUCUCACAGCUUCGCCCUACAAAACGGGGCUGCAAUAGGUUUUGAGCGGGCGGAUGUGGCGCGGAAGGUGAGAGUGAUUCUCUCAGAGCUGCUCUACAUCCAGGCACAGAUCGCCGAGCAGAACCAGCAAGGCGUCACAAGGAGCACCACAGAGUCCCUCGUGCGGGAGUCUGAGCUAUUUGACAAUGAGAUCUACCUGGAGGAGGUGACAGACAUUAUCUGCAUCGCUCUGGCUGAGCUUCCGUCGCUCCUCAACAUCCAGGACAUCGUGGAUAUCUUACUGUACGUGAAUAAUGGCGCCAAUGUGAUCUGCUGGAUCAUUGCAAACAUGCCGGAUUGCUUCAAGGAAGUCACGGCGUCGCUCAUCUCCAAUGGAGACGAGGAGACGGUGGACGGGAAGCUUCGGCUACAAGUUCUCACGGCUCUCUGCGAGAUGAAUCCUAGCCAGGCGCUGUCCACGCGCACACUUUGCGUGGAGCUCUCAAAAAUGCCCUCAUUGAUGCUCAAGCUGAGUCUUCGUGAUCCUCAGGAUUUGAUAGCCUUCGUCUCAGGUCUGCUCCUGGGCAAUGACCAGAAUACACGCUCCUGGUUUGCCCAAUUUGUCCGCAGCAGCCAGAAGCGCAAGAGUGACGCUCUGCAACUCGUGCGAGAGGAAUUGCAGAAGCAGCUGCAGAAUCUUGUGGUGUUCUCCAUGAAUUCCGAACUCCCUGACGAGUGUGUUGUCCAAGCAUCGACUCUCCUGCGUCUUUACUGCGCCCUGAGAGGAAUUGCCGGCGUAAAGUUCAACGACGACGAAAUUCACCUCCUGAUUCAGCUUGUAACAUCCAAACCACCUCCAACCCCAGCCGGAAUUCGCUUUGUGUCACUGGGAUUGUGUAUGCUGAUAGCCUGUCCCUCACUCAUCUCCCAGCCGAACUUCGAGGCGAAGGGAAUCGAGUGGAUGCAGUGGUUGAUCAAGGAGGAAGCAUACUUUGAGAGCAAUAGCGACAUGGCAGCUUCCUUCGGCGAGAUGCUCCUCCUGAUGGCCAUUCACUUCCACAGUAAUCAAGUUCCGGCCAUUGGGGAGCUUGUGUGCUCCACACUGGGCAUGAAGAUCCCUCUGAGGCCCAACAACACCACUCGCAUGAAGCAGAUCUUUACGCAGGAGAUCUUUACGGAAGCAGUCGUGACGGCGCACGCUGUGAAAGUCCCCGUGACGGUGAAUCUGAACGCCGACAUCCCUGGAUAUCUGCCCGUGCACUGCAUCCACCAACUGUUGAAAUCCCGGGCGUUUUCGAAGCACAAAGUGCCCAUCAAGAGUUGGAUAUACAAGCAAGUCUGCAGCUCGACGACGCCUCUUCAUCCCGUUCUGCCGGCUCUAAUUGAAGUCUACGUGAACUCAAUAAUCCUGCCCAAUGCCAAGGGACCCGUCGAGCACACGCACAAGCCCCUAUCCGAGCGCGAGAUCCUCAAGGUAUUCAACAACUCCGUGCCAGGAGCCAAUUUCGACCACAAGAAGAAAACCUACACAACGGAAUUCGAGAUGGAAGCCAGCGAUACCGGUGAAGAAGAACUCGUGGGUGUGCCAAAUAUCACAUCACAGCUGCUCUUGCUGUAUUAUCUGCUCCUCUACGAGGACGUCCGUCUGAAUCACAUGGCGAACAUCCUUUUGACCGGCCGGAAGGUGAAGUCUUACACGAUGGACUUCAUGUCCGAACUUCCCAUCAAGUAUCUUCUGCAACAGGCGCAGAAGAACCAGCGCAACUUCGGAGGACUUUUCUCGCCACUUCUGCGUCUCCUGGUCACGCACUUUCCGCAUCUCUGCCUCGUGGAUGACUGGAUAGCUGAGGAGACAAUCACUCUCGAGUCCACGAGUCGCAGCGUCAUUACGGAAUUUAGUGUGAUUGAGGCAUUUGAGGAGUUGGAAGUGUCUUCGAUAAAAGCUAUUCGUGUGAUGAGGCGCAUGUUGAAGAAGACACCCAAGGAUCUAUGGCCUCUAUCGGGCACUUUCAUUAAAUACUUCAAGAACAUCCUUCGCGACGACACGCCAAGGCUCGUGACAGAGCUGUACAAGCAAGUGUGGGUGCGUCUGAACACCGUUCUGCCCCGAAGACUCUGGACAAUGUCGAUAAACGCCUUGCUUCCAGAGGAUCAACUCAUAAAGAACUUCUCGCUGGUCCAGGAAUCCCUGUGUAUUGACGCACUGCAAGUGUUGCGCUGCGAUGAGAGAAUCUUUAGGUGUCCAGACGCUCUGUCCAUCGUCCUACGCAUCCUACAAGCCAGUCUGGCGGCAUCCAAGAGCCAGCUAUCGAGACACAUCCAGGAUAAACCACUGAUUGAGAAGAUAGGACUAAUGCAAUCCGAGGCGGAGCGCGAGGAGCUCAAGAUGGCUCUGGUGUACUCCCAGGAAACGGUGGCGGUGCAAAUUCUCCUCGAAGCGUGUCUGGAGACAGAGAAUGAUCGCAACUUGCCGGGCAGAUUGUGGGCGCUGCGCGAAGUGCGCGGCAUCAUAUGCUCGCACAUUCAUCAAGUAUUCAUCUCUGAAAUCACUCUGGCCAAGCUGGUGAUGUUCCAGGGAUUCCACAGGGAUUUGCUGAGUGUUGUGGUGAAGGGCAUUCCCUCAAUGCACGUCUGUCUGCAUUACAUACCAGAACUGCUGAACAUGCCCGAAAUGGAGAAGCAAAUCUUUGCCAUCGACCUGGCAUCGCAUCUCUCAAUUCAAUAUUCACUCCCGAAGUCGCUCAGCAUCGCCAAACUCUGUAUCAACACUCUGUCCACUCUUCUAGGCAUUCUUUCCGGAGACUCGCGGAUUGAGAUGUUCAGGGCAAUUUUGCCGUGUAUCGUGCGCUUUGCAGAAGCCUUUCCGCCUCUUUUGGACGACUGCAUCUGCUUCCUUAUGCAACUGGGCAGGAUUGCAGACUCUCAAGCCGCUCUGGGACGUUCCACGGCUCUGAACGCGAAUGCCAGCGUUGAGGCCAAGAACACAUCUUCAGACGCAGAGAAACUCGUAAUUGAGGUGAAGGAGACGUUCUCAAGUCUCCUGGAACAGGCUGUUCUCUCGCCGAAGAUCUACUGAAAUCGUUUAUCAUUAAAAUGUGGUCCUGUAUUUGCAAA